CGGCGGGUCGGCCGCGCCGGGCGAGGCCCCCGAGCGCCGCCGCUAUGGCUGGGGCCGGGCUCUGGACGAGCAUCAAGUCCCUGCUAGGGAGGAGCGAGGACCCUCUGUUCCUGAACGACUCCAGUGCCUUUGACUUCUCGGACGAGGUGGGGGACGAGGACUUCCCCAGGUUUAACAAGCUGCGCGUGGUGGUGGCGGACGACGGCUCGGAGGCGGCCCCCGAGGCGCCGGUGAACGGGGCGUCCCCGGGGCUGCCGUCCGACGACGAGUCCCUGCUGGACCGGGACAUCGCCCUGCGCAGCGCCCGCGCCGGCCGGCCGGACCCCUGCAGCGGCUGCAGCAGCCGGCGGGAGCGCUCCAAGCAGAGGAAGGUGAAGAAGCGGCUGACGCUCGCUGCCCUCCUCUACCUGCUCUUCAUGACGGGGGAGCUCAUAGGUGGCUAUGUUGCUAACAGUCUAGCAAUUAUGACAGAUGCACUUCACAUGCUAACUGACCUUAGUGGUAUUAUUUUGACCCUCCUUGCUCUCUGGCUGUCUGCAAAAUCUCCGACAAAGAGGUUCACUUUCGGAUUUCAUCGCUUAGAAGUACUGUCAGCCAUCAUUAGUGUACUGCUGGUCUAUAUCCUUAUGGCUUUCCUCUUGUAUGAGGCUGUUCAGAGAACUAUCCAUAUGGACUAUGAAAUAAAUGGUGACAUCAUGCUCAUCACAGCAGCUGUCGGUGUUGCUGUUAACCUAAUAAUGGGCUUUUUGCUGAAUCAAUCUGGCCACCUUCACUCCCACUCGCAUUCCCACCCCCACUCUCACGUACCUCAGCUGAACUCCCCAAGCACAGCCCAGGGCAGCAGCCAUGGACACAGCAGCCUGGCGGUGAGAGCAGCGUUUGUCCAUGCCCUGGGGGACCUGGUACAGAGCAUCGGGGUGCUCGUAGCUGCCUACAUCAUCCGCUUUAAGCCGGAAUACAAGAUUGCUGAUCCUAUAUGUACAUAUGUAUUUUCCAUACUCGUGGUUUUUACAACAAUUCGAAUUCUGUGUGACACGGGAGUUAUUAUUCUGGAAGGAGUUCCAAGGCACUUAAAUGUGGAUCGCAUCAAGGAAGACUUGAUGAAAAUUGAAGAUGUUUAUUCUAUAGAAGAUUUAAAUGUUUGGUCUCUUACUGCAGGAAAAACAACUGCCAUAGUCCACUUGCAACUAGUUCCUGGUAGUUCAUCCAAAUGGGAGGACGUUCAGUCCAAGGCCCGACAACUGCUGCUGAACACGUUUGGAAUGUACAAGUGCUCUGUCCAGCUUCAGAGUUACAGACAGGAGAUGAGCAAAACCUGCGCGAGUUGUCAGAGUUCCAGUGCCUAAUUUCAUAUGUUUUGGGAACUGCUGCCUUAUUCUUUACCUUGUGUAGUCAAAGACUGAGAGCAAUAAAUGCAAAAUGAAAAUGA